UUCCAACUUCCCUUAAACCCUAAACCUCUUUCACUUUCACUUCCACUUCCACUUUCUCUCUCUGCUUCGAAGCUCCAUCGUCAAUGGCGGAACCACUACAUUCUUCCCAACCGAAAAUCUUCCCUGUCAAGCCUAAACAAAAACCCAAACCCAGAACCCAAAAUCAAACCCCAGAAUCAAAGUACUGGUCCUCCUUCAAGAACACUCAGAUUCAAAACCUCAUCUCGGUCCCUUCCCUCACCUUCUCCCCUUCCUCUCCUCACCCCUUCGCGGCUGCACACUCCGCCACCGUCUCAAUCUACAAACCCCAAAACGAUCCCCUCGAUUCGCCAACCACCACCAUCACCUCCUUCAAGGACGUCGUCAGCUCCCUUUCGUUUCGAUCCGACGGCCGCCUCCUAGCCGCCGGCGAUCUCUCCGGUCUUGUCCAGGUCUUUGACGUCGGCGGGGGCUCUGCCGCCGCACGCUCCGCCCUCCGCCGCCUCAGGUCGCACGUACGCCCGGUCAGGUUUGUUCACUACCCGAAACUCCAACGUCUCCGAGUCAUCUCCGCCGGCGAUGAUGCACUUGUGAAGGUGUGGGACGUCGCCGCUGGUGAUUCCCCGGUGAUGGAGCUACGCGGCCACCGGGAUUACGUCCGCUGCGGAGAUUCCUCUCCGGUGGACGCCGAUACUUUUAUCACCGGUUCCUAUGAUCACACGGUGAAGCUUUGGGAUGUUAGGGUUGGGGAUUCGAAACCGGCGAUUGAGGUGAAUCAUGGAAAUCCGGUGGAGGAUGUUGUGUUCUUGCCGGCGGGAGGGAUGGUUGCCACCGCAGGUGGGAAUUCGGUGAAAUUUUGGGACUUGAUCUCCGGUGGGAAGCUCGUGUGUUCCAUGGAAGGACACAACAAAACGGUUACUUCGUUAUGUGUUGGAAGAAUUGGAAGUGAUUCUGAUGAGGAAUUGAAUCAAUUUAGGGUUUUGAGUGUUGGGUUAGAUGGGUACAUGAAAGUGUUUGAUUAUUCAUCAAUGAAGGUUACACAUUCAAUGAGGUUCCCUGCGCCACUUUUAUCUGUUGCUUAUUCACCAGAUUGUAAAACUAGGGUUAUUGGAACCUCUAAUGGGAUCAUAUAUGUUGGGAAGAGGAAGAUUAAGGAAGAGGAAAUCGAAGGCAGGGUUAGUGAAAAGAGCUUGUUUUGGAGGAUUAGGCCUUUGGAGCACACUAAGAAGAAGGUUUUCCGGCCCUCCCAUUUAAGGUACUUUCAGAGGGGGCAAGGUGAGAAACCCUCCGAAGGCGAUUACUUGAUUAUGAGGCCGAAGAAGGAGAAGCUUGGUGAGCACGAUAAACUUUUGAAGAACUUUAGGCAUGGGGAAGCUCUGGUUUCAGUAUUGGAGGGGAAAAAUCCCGGGAAUGUUUUGGCUGUGAUGGAGGAACUAGUUUCAAGGAAGAAGCUAAUGGUGUGCGUGUCGAAUUUGGAUGCAGAGAAGCUGGAGUUGUUGCUGGUGUUCUUGAGGAAGUAUUGCACUGUGCCUAGAUAUUCCGGCUUGUUGAUGGGGUUGACAAGGAAGGUUCUCAAAAUGAGAGUCAAUGAAAUUAGAGGCUCUGAAGCUCUCAGGGCUCAUAUCCAAAAUCUCAAACGGUCUAUAGAGGAGGAGAUAAAGAUUCAGCAGUCAUUGCAAGAGAUUCAGGGUAUAAUAUCUCCUUUGUUGAAGAUUGCAGGAAGGAGAUAAUUUUGGCCUUCUUUCAUUUAUGUAUGAGGUGGUUUUUCUCACUUGUUUUGUGUCAUUUUUUUCUCACUAUAGAAUGUAUUCGGUUUAGUUUGAUGAGAAAUUUUGUUGGCAAUGAUAUGCUGUUAAAGCCCCCAGGAAACUUUUACAGUAUCCCUUGUUAUAUUUAAGGGUAUAAUGAUUUAUAUUAUUUCAUUUAGAAACUAUGGGAAUUUUGGAAGAAAUCAUGUGGUUAGUAACAUAAUACACUGCAUAGCUGAAUCAUUAGCUUCAUCA